UUCAAAAUUUAAAUAGCGUUUAUUGAUUGGUUUAGCAGAUGAUUUCAAAGUAUCAGAUUCCUAGGUUAGGUUUUUUACCGCAUGUCUCUAUUGAUUAUAUUAGAAGGUUCUAAUCCAAUUUAAGCCACAAGGAAAGAAACUCUCUUGGGUGAUUUGUCUAUAGACUAACUGAACAAAUUAAGUGACAUUGUUAAUUGGAUUAUCUUGAAAGUGUUAAAUAGUCAAUUUAUUUAUAAGGAUAGACAAUAAUUGUGCCUUAUAAUCAGUUGCAACAGAAUUAUUAGAACAACAUACACAGAGAUUCACAGCUAUAAGAGCAAGAAGAAGCCUGCACGUGAUAUGUUGCUAUACAACUCGGAGGAGGAGACAAUGGAUAGGAAAGAACCAGAAGCAGACAGAGAACAAUUGAUGCAGCUACAAGAGCAUCACGUGGUUGCAGAAAAGAACGACACGCAGUUGGGCAUGAAAUCUGAAUCCCAACAAUCGUUCAAACCUGCUUCAGUGUGGAGCCCAGAUAAUGGUGAAAGAAAAGCCGAAUCUAACAGACGUUUUGCUUGUGAACACUGCGAGAAAGUCUUUACAGACCCGUCCAACCUUCAGCGCCACAUUCGUUCACAGCAUAUGGGAGCAAGAAGUCACGCAUGCCCUGAAUGUGGAAAAACGUUUGCAACAUCCUCUGGUUUAAAGCAGCAUCAACAUAUUCACUCAAGCGUGAAGCCAUUCCAAUGCGAAGUUUGCCUUAAAGCCUAUACACAAUUUUCAAACCUGUGCCGACACAAACGAAUGCAUGCCGAUUGCAGGCAGCAGAUUAAAUGUUCCGAUUGUGGACAGGCAUUUUCGACGAUAACAUCUCUCAGCAAGCAUAAGCGAUUUUGCGAGGGUGCGUUGAGAAAUGGUCUACCAAUAAAUAUUCAGAGUGAAAUAAAGUCACCGCUGUCGACCCCAUUUGGCAUUCCUCCUCCCAGGUCACAGUUUGAUCCUUCACUAUACAUGAGACUGUUAGGAAGCAGACCAUCCUACUCUUACCCUUCUGUUGGAAGUGGACUUCCCUUUCCUUUCAGCAAUCCACUGGACUCGAUGAAAUAUGCGCAAUCUCCGUAUUUGACAGGGUCCCUUGAUAUACCUUUACGAAGUGGAUUGAAAGGCGGACUUUCCUUUGGUUCUGAAAUUAGAAAAUAUAGCGAAGAGCAUCCAAUCAGGAAAAGAUUGAGGACAAUGCACGAUAAAAGUGGAAGUGACGGAGAAUCCGAAUUGAAUCAGAGUUCAGAUGCUGAAAGUUCUGCAGAUAUUGAUGAUAAGAAAAGACUUAACAGCUUCGACAGUGAUAAAGGGGAACAGCCGUUUAAACCAUCAGUCGCUUCUAGACCUUCGGUAAUUGAUUAUCAUACAUCUACAUCGCCACUGCAGCAAAAUGCUACUCAGGAAAACGAAAAGGCAAUGGAAGAAAAAGUAAACAAAUCAGUAGUAGAACAACCGCUUGACUUGAGCAGAGCAAAACAAGAAGAAGAGGAGGACAUUAUAGAGCGUCUUUACCAUAAGCAAAGGUCAUCUACACCGCUUCCGAAAGCGAAAACACUGCCUAUAUCACCGAAACCAACAAAACUGGUAUCUCCUAAACCAACAAAAUUGGUUUCACCAAUUCCUACUAAGGCCCAGCCACCAGUCCCGUCGAAUCUACAUACAGAAUGCCGAGAUCAUAUUGAUAGAAUCCUCGCGGAAUCUGGGACUUUUUCUGCAUAUCCUAGGAUACCGUUUUUCGGAAGCAGUUAUUCUCUACCGUUUGUAAACCCUUACGCACUACAUCUUCAACAGAGUCAUUUGUCACCUCUCUCGGGUAUACAAAACAUUCCCCAUUACGCAAACUUUAAUGAUUAUGCAGCUAUGCAUAUGUCGCCAAUGAUGCACAAGCCACGUGACCGAUACAGCUGUAAAUUCUGCGGGAAGGUCUUCCCGCGCAGCGCAAACUUAACUCGUCAUCUUAGAACUCAUACCGGUGAACAACCUUACAAAUGUAAAUAUUGCGAACGUUCAUUCUCUAUUUCCUCAAACCUGCAACGACAUGUCAGAAAUAUUCAUAACAAAGAGAAACCUUUUAGGUGUCCUCUUUGCGACCGAUGUUUUGGCCAGCAGACAAAUCUUGACAGGCAUAUAAAAAAGCACGAAACGCAAGGUCCCAAUGUCAUUGAUUCACCAACACAUGAAUCAGAGAGUGACUUUGAACUUGAUGACGUUUUUGAGCCAGGAACGGGACAUAACGACAGCGAAAUUAAUGAAGACGAUGAUGAAGAAAUUGAUGUGUCAGAAAAUGAUGAAUACGAACAAAGUAGCAUUUCAACAGAAUUGUCAUAUGAAACUCACAAGCUAGAGUAUAACACACAUCCGCUAUCACCUAGUGAUGUCGCGGAAUCACAAACUGAAGCAAAAAUAAGCAAUGAUAUGUAUGGCGCUAAAAGUGAAGAUCAUAAAACCGCAGUAUCAUUUCAGCGGUCAUGCAUACCGAGUAUAAAUGUUCCUGUUUACCAACAAGGACAGUUAAUGUGUUCCACAUAGAUAGAAACACGUAAUUAAACAGGUGUCAUCAUGCAAUAGGAUGACAUUUAUUUGUUUGUCAUAAAUGAUCUAACUGAUAAACAGUUUGAUGAAUAAUUAAUUAACUUACUUUCUACAACGAUGUAAAUUCAUUCAUAGGAAUGAUCAUAUAUUUCCUGUAUGAAUUCUUCUGGGAGAGAUUGUCUCUUUGUAUUUUAAUCAGAGAAAACAUGUUUAAAUAUUUAUAGACUGUAUCCGUAUAUUUUUAGCAUUGUAAAUAUAUCAUAUAUUAUUUAUGCACUAGAAGUGCCUUUGCUGAGUUUUGUUCUAGACGUGUUCUUUUUGUUAUAUGAUGUUUUAAAUGUUAUAAUGUAUGUUCAUGGUCCAUAUUGAUACACACACAUACCCAUAACGAGCAAGUUGAUAUAUCUAUGAUGAGUAUAUUUCCUUACAGAGCGUCGAGCUGUUUUAACCGCCGUGAUAAGCAUAAAAUAAACAGCAGUUAAUACAUUUCAACAGAAUGUUCAAAGCAUCAUGCACGUUUGUGUCUCGAAUUUGAAUAUGAACCAUGAACAUGAUGAAAACUGCCCUUUCUAUUUAUCUUUUAUCUAUUCCAACUUUACAUAUUAUCAUGUUUUUUUAAAAUUUUCUUGUCUAAUAAAAUAUCAAUAUAUAUGUAUA